AUGCCAGUCUAUCUCCUGCACGGCUUCCGGUGGCCACGCGCCAGCAUCCGGAUCCACAUCAUCCUGCAGAACCUCGACGACGCGGCCGCCGAAUGGACCAUUGCGCCGGGCUCCUCCGAAUCCAUCAUCGGGUCCUUCCACAACCUGUAUCCCGAGACCAUGGCCUCGCUGCCGCACCUGCGGCUCGUCGAGCAGCACGACGAAAAGGACCUGACCACCAACGCCGUCACGCAGCCCUACGUCUUUGUCGCGGAUAAAGUGCACACGUGCAAUCUCAGCUGCGAUGUCGCCGAGGUCAUGGGCGAGGGCGUGCCCCCCGAGCAGUGGGGCGCGCUGGUCGAGCUGCGCGACCAGUUGGCCCCCAAGGAGAAAGUAGGCUGGUUUGUGGUGUAUAAUGGUGAUGAGGAGCGGAGUAUGACGGUUGAUGAUGAUGAGAAUGAUGAGAAUGAUGAGGGAACGAAAUCAAGAAGAGCCUUGCGGAAAUGGCUCGGAGCUGGAGGCGGCAAGUAA